AAACCUUUCUUUCUCUCUAUUAUAUACAUAUAAAUAGCUCAAGCUUUGAUAUCUACAAGAAGAUCGUCAACCACUUUAAAAGGUCUCCGGCGAACGAAGAAAAUGGAUCGUUACGCAAUCCUCCUUCUUAUUGCUCCCUUGAUCGUCGCAGUGGUUCACGCCCGUGUCACGGCGGAUGAUUUCAUCAGGUUGCCGUCGGACAAACUUGAUUCCGUUGCCGUGGAAGAUGACUCCCUUGGUAUACGAUGGGCUGUAUUGCUUGCUGGAUCUAAUGGCUACUGGAAUUACAGACAUCAGGCUGAUGUAUGUCAUGCAUACCAAAUCUUGAAAAAGGGUGGCAUUAAGGAUGAAAACAUUGUGGUUUUCAUGUAUGAUGACAUUGCAAAUAAUGAGGAGAACCCCAGGCCUGGAGUCAUUAUUAAUAGCCCAGAUGGCGAUGAUGUAUAUCAUGGAGUCCCAAAGGAUUACACUGGGGAAGAUGUGACUGUGGACAACUUCUUUGCUGUUCUGCUUGGAAAUAAAAGUGCAGUUAAAGGGGGAAGUGGAAAGGUUGUGAGCAGUGGCCCAAAUGAUCACAUCUUUGUAUAUUAUACGGAUCAUGGUGGUCCAGGUGUGCUCGGGAUGCCAACAAAUCCUUACAUGUAUGCUAAUGAUCUGAUUGAGGUCUUGAAGAAAAAACAUGCUUCUGGAACAUACAAAAGCAUGGUAUUUUAUCUUGAAGCAUGUGAAUCUGGAAGUAUAUUCGAGGGACUUCUCCCUGAGGGUUUAAAUAUAUAUGCAACGACAGCAUCUGGUCCAGAUGAGAACAGUUGGGGUACUUACUGCCCUGGAGAUUAUCCCAGUCCACCUCCAGAAUAUGAUACCUGUUUGGGUGAUUUGUACAGUGUUGCAUGGAUGGAGGACUGUGAUGUACACAACCUGCGAACAGAAACAAUCAGGCAGCAAUAUCAUCUGGUUAAAGAAAGAACCUCAAAUGGAAAUGGUUAUUACGGAUCCCAUGUAAUGCAGUACGGGGACUUGCAGCUUAGCAACGAUGAAGUGUACUUGUAUCUCGGGGCAAACCCCAAAAACCAAAACUUCACAUUUGUUGAUGGGAAACCAUCAAGAUCAAGAUCAUCAUCUUCUUCAAAAGCUGUCAACCAGCGUGAUGCCGAUCUCUUACAUUUCUGGCAUAAGUACCGCAAGGCUCCGGAAGGAUCUGUUAGAAAGAUGGAAUCCGCUAAACAGUUUGCAGAAGCAAUGUCUCACAGGAUGCACAUUGACAGCAGUAUAAAACUUGUGGGGAACCUUUUGUUUCCAAUGGAAUCCAAGCUGCUCCCACCUGCACCUGCAGGCCAACCUCUUGUCCAUGAUUGGGACUGUCUUAAAACAUUUGUGAGGAGUUUUGAGACACAUUGCGGGUCCCUGUCACAGUACGGCAUGAAACACAUGCGUUCCAUAGCUAACUUUUGCAAUGCGGGGAUCACAAAGGACCAGAUGAUGGAGGCGUCAUCACAAGCAUGCCCCACUUUUCCAUCCAAUUCUUGGAGUUCGCUAACCAAUGGCUUCAGCUCUUGAUAUUAGAUUUCGAUUUAACAAAAAUAGCUAUCAUUGUAUUAUUAUUGUAUUCAUGCUUUCAGUCUUUUAACUAUAACUAUAUACAUUCCGUCUACUUUGGUUUGGUGUGGUGUAAAUUGAAAAUAUUCAGUCCUUUGUACAUACAAUAUUGAAAGCUUGCAUGUUUGCCCUUGUGGCAACCAUCUAUAUAAGUCGGGUCGGGU